AGCAAAAUUCCAGCAGAGGAGAGGAGAAGAGCUAGGUGGCGGUGGGGAGCAAAGGUUGUCUGUCGUGCAGUUGUCUGAUAUGGCAACCUUGGCCUCCUUCCUAUCCUGUUCUCCUCCUCCUGCCUCCGGAUACUCUCAAUCUUUUCUUUGUCUGUUGCCGACGGCCCGGCUGCUUCCACGACUAGCCCUAUUUUACACUAUCAAAUCUAGGAGCUCAAAAACCCUAACUUUUACUUGCUCCGCCGCUGCUUCUUCCGAUGGUUCUUCAACUUUUGGCUAUGACAGUAAAAAUUUGCCAUCUAAGAAAUCGGUAUUGGCGAAUUUGAUACAAGAGAUUGAGCCAAUGGACCUGAGCUUAAUUCAGAAAGAUGUGCCACCUACGACUCUAGAUGCGAUGAAAAGGACGAUAUCAGGAAUGUUAGGGUUACUUCCAUCUGACCAGUUUCAGGUGUACAUUGAAGCUCUAUGGGAACCUCUCUCCAAGUUAUUAAUUUCUUCAAUGAUGACUGGGUAUACUUUGCGGAAUGCUGAAUAUAGGCUUUGUCUUGAAAGGAACCUUGAAAUAUAUGAAGGAAAAAUUGACAAACCAAUACCAGCGGAUUCUAAACUUGAAGCAGAAGGAACAUUGAUCAAUGAUUAUGGACUAAAUAACAUUUCCAGACAAGAGAAGUUACCUGUGUCAGAGAACAUGACAGAAACCACGUCUGCUCUUCCCAAUUUGGGGGAAAUGCCCCCAGAAACUCAGCAAUAUAUUCUGAAUUUGCAAUCUCGAUUAUCAUCUGCUAAAAGGGAACUUCAUGAAGUUAAGAGGAAAAGUGCAGCACUUCAGAUGCAACAGUUUGUUGGGGAGGAGAAGAAUGAUUUAUUGGACUAUUUAAGAUCGUUACAACCAGAAAAGGUAGCCGAGCUGUCGGAACCAACAUCUCCAGAGUUGAAAGAAACAAUUCAUUCUGUUGUAUACGGUCUCUUGGCCACCCUCUCCCCUAAAAUGCAUUCGAGGGCAUCUAAUUUCAUGGAGGACACUUCCAUUGGGACCAGAAAUACUGCAGAUGGAGAUGAUUGCAUUGAAGUGGAGAACACUUCACUUCAAUUUCGACCGCAUGUCUUGUUAACUAGGGAUUAUCUGGCUCGGCUUUUGUUUUGGUGCAUGCUACUUGGGCACUAUCUUAGAGGGCUCGAGUAUCGGUUGGAGCUGACGGAACUUCUCUCUUUGCCGUGUGUUGUAAAGAAUGAAACUUGGAAUGGGUAACAGGCUGGUUGACAGAAGUUCUUAUAUCUUUGCUUGGUUUCAUCUGUACAUACGUAUACAUUAGCUGUGUAUCUCAAUAAAAAUUCCAGCCUAUAUAUCACAUCAAAUUAGAUUUUUUUUCCUAA